AAGUGGAUCGAGUCAGUAUUGGACAGACACUGUACCGUGUCACGUGCGCUGGCUUUUCGACUAAUUAAUCGAACGAUUCGUUCGACGCGCGAAAACUGUCGACGAAACAAAAACAAAAAGGCAAACGGUGUGCAAUCGUGAAUAUCGGAUUACCCUUUCUCGCGAGGUCUCGUGAGGCAGGGAACUAAACAGAACGCAAUGUCAACGGCAGUAAGGGAAAGAACGACAACACGCAGCAGCAGAAAGAUCGUGAGUCAUGGCAGCCCUAUAUCUGGCCAAAGCCAAGUUGCAACCACGGCCAACAGCCUCGAGAACAAUUUAGAUGCCCUUCUUGAAGACUUGCAGACAAGUGUAUCGAGAAGUGCCACCCCGAGCCGAGGAAGUAGAGCACUUUCACCCCAAGUGGAAUAUCGCGUGGCUGCAAAUCCAACUAAGGUGGUCUCGGAAGGCAGACCCAUUUCGCCAAAUCAGACGAUGAUGACCACUACUGAAAAAUAUGUGAGCACUGGGCCAAGCGGCGCACCGAGUAGUAUACCCGGUUUGGAAUUCAUCGAUUCAGAAUUGCAGAAUGUGCAACCCGGCCAAAGCAAAACAAUCGCUUACAAACAAGUGUCGUACCAAUACAACAAAAGCCUCGACGGAAAACCAAUCGAUUCCUGGACCACCCCCGACAAUGCCUUGACUAAUAGCAGCACGGCCUUGAUUGAUGAUAUUCGAGAAAGGACUUACGAGGAGAGUACACUACGUGAUGCAGAACCCGUUGGUAGAACAGUCAACAGAGAACUAGUAUACAGCGACAGGUCUACAUCUCGGUCGAAACAAACAUCACCCUUGCCAGGUACUCAGAAAGAAGUGAAAUAUGUCCACGAAUCUUCGAACUACCAAACGGAACCAACGGAGUACGUACCAGUUCCGUCACCGACGCCAGCGAUCCCUAUCAAUUUGGCACCGGGUCCUAACACGAAAGUCACAACUACCAUUAAAACGUACACGUAUGAACUACCAGGAGCACCGGAAUCGUACCUACCAGGUGGCUCAGUGCCAGGAACCGUUGUGCUUCCGGGUGACCAGACUAUCACGUACACGCUACCAAAAGGUAGCAGCUCCACGACCGAUAAAACAGUCACCUACCAAACUAUAACCGAAAAUGUUCCAUCCAGAACACCGGUUAGAUAUGGCAGUCCGACACCGGUGACGGAUAUCUCGAAAAAGUCAACGACCUUACACCAUGAAGCUAAAUUCUACCGCGAGGAGCAUCUCGGAGGCCAGCCCGGGCAACCACCAACGGUCGUCUAUCAUCCUGGCUCUCCAGGUCAAGAAAGUAAAACAACAGUAACAAGGAAUGAAAAAUACUACACGGUUGACAGCAAUUACCCUAAUGGUUAUACUCCUACCGAUCGAGUAGAUCACACGGGUAGCACUGUUAUUUAUCAAAAUCAACCGCCCACAAUAAACGAGACCCACACCACCACGAUCAAUCGGAUCGAGGAACACUAUCCUAGCAGGUCGCCCUCCAGCGGACGAUACCCGACACCUGAUAAACCGGGAACACCGGUUAAUUAUUACACCUCACCGCCACAGACCAGCCCACCGCAGUCUACCACGACGAUAUAUAAAUUCUCGAACACGACCACCACCGUACCGCCGAACAAGAAUGCUGAGGACCACGAGGUUUUGUUACCAAAGCCAUUUCCAACCGAUGCGGUUCAGAUUUGCCCUUCUAAACCCACCACCGGCGAACAACGCCCGCCCAAAAAAUUGGAAGACCUUAUGGCUUCGUUCUCAGACUCCGAGCGUGAAGUGUUAGAAAACAUCGAGAAAAGAGAACGGGAGCAACAAAAAGAAUUACCUGUCGCUAAAAAGGAAGUCGAUUUUAUACCCCAUACACCACCUAAAGUGAAGAGUAAAAACGUUGCUGGUCCUCCGGUUUAUUAUCCUCCUGGAUCAGCAGAAUUUACAAAGAAAGAAGAAUCGAGCAUGGCAAUGUCACAAUCUGGUGGAGCCUGGCAAAAAGCCAGCGCACAAUACGAAUACGAAGCGUCAAGUAAAAGCAAAACGAAAACCAAAAGUGGAGGCGCUGUGGUCCCCGUGUGUCUUCCCCUUUGUUGUGCCAUGCCGUGUGUAAUUAUGUAACUUAUUAAUAUAAUGAUACAUGUUAGGAUUCGAAAAUGUGCCUGAGCUUAGUAAUCUUCCGUUCUAUCGAGAAAUUUAAAUUAUAAUUAAAGAGAAUGAAAAAGAGGAAGUUGUAUACGGAAAUGAUAUUGCCACGAGAACAAAUUUCUAAUAAAAUUCGUCAUAUAAACUUUAUGAUAUAUAAAGCAGCUUCUAUUAGUGUUUUUCUAAUUGUAACUGGUUUCAUUUUGCGUAAUUUUUAAAAAUAAGUGCUACAAUUGCAAAAAUAUGCAGUUAUCAGUUAUAUUUUGUAUUGCUUUAACCAAUAAUGUAAAGUAUGAAUUUUUAUUAUCUCUUAAUUUUACUAUAUACACAGUAGAUUAAAGGAAAACUUAUUUAUUUUCUUCUUUGCAACCAUACAAACAUUUUUAAUAUGUUUAUUACCAUGUUUAUUUGCUUUAUGUUUGAGUCAAAUAGUAGAAAGUUUGCGAUAAAUUUACCAUUUCUUUUCAUAUAUUUAAAAAAGUAUAUAUGGCCAUACAUGACAAUUGUAUAACAAAUAAUUUAUUAAUAUAUAUAAUUUUGUAUUAUAACACUGUUAAAAAAUAUUCUAUUUAGACUACUAUCAUGCAAACGAAAUUAUUAUGUUAUUUUUAAUCAUGAGUUUUUAUACUACAUUUAUGUAUUAGAUAGCAACAAACAUUCAUAUUUGAUUCAUAUUUCAGUUUUAAUACGCUACAUAUAAAGUCAAUAAAUUAUAAUAUAGUAAUUUUAAUGCAUCAUGUGGUAGUUUAAGAUAAUCUUAAUAUAAAUGAAUUUAGGAAAAUGCCAUAGUAAUAAUAUUAAGAUUCCUGUGUGGCUUAAAAAUAUGCCUUCCAAUAUUUCUAUACCUAUGAAGUAAUACUGUGAAUUAUGGUGCUAUAAUAAUUGUAAUGAAUGAAAGACAUCAGGAAAAAUAAUGUUCUUUCGUUGCAAACAUAAGUGUACAUAUGAAUAUUAUGUUUAGAUAUGUGUCAAAAAUUGUGCCAUGUUGAAACACACAUAAACAAACAGUAAUAAUAGCUUCUACUUUAAUAAAGCAAUUUCCUCCUCCCAGAUGUAUGAUUAU